UCGCAUUUUGCGAGUUCCAUUGCUAUCCAUAAUUAGACUUCAUGUUCUUGGGCUAUAUAUUUCACUAAUUUUCAUCAACCAAUUGUGGUGUUUUGUUGUCAUUGUGAUAGAAUUACUUGUUGUCAUUCAGCUAGGGGAAUUUGGUCGUUUGAGAAGUCUACAAAGUUGCUUUAAUUUCCAGGGAGAUCCUUGUUGAAAUUUUGGAGAUUCCUAAAUCCCAAUCAAAGUAAAAGAAUGAUCAAACCAAAUUAUUAAAUACCAAACAACAUGAUAUACAUAUAGUAGGCAAUUGAACAUGAGUGAGAACGCGCGUUCUUUGUCGCCAUAAAAAGAAGGAAGACAAGGAAUCCGAUCACCGGCGAUAGAGCAGACAAUGUUCCACGUCCACCAAACUCUUGUAGUAUGGUCCAAAAGAAGGAAGAAAAAGGGAAUCCGAUUACCGGCGAUGGGAACGUUCUUUGUCGCCAUAAAAACGUCUGCUUUGGGCAAUGGAAACCAGAUAGAUAGAUAUAUCAACACCAUGGCGGCCGGUUGCUACAUUAUCAUCUUCCCCAAACCACUGCUAAUUAUGGUGGUGCUCGUCCUGGGAUACUUGGGCCGCGGAUCAAGCGUUGAAAUUUGCGGCACAACCCCGGCAACCGAUCAGAUCAAUUUUCCUAUAUACGUUGGUGAGGUCCUUCAGGAUCUGCUUAUGAAUACGCAAUUGGAGUCCCCAGACCCUAAUUCAGGCCUGAGAACCAGGACCUCAACGUCACCGGAGAAUAGCGAUGCCGCCGGUAGCGGUGCGGCCACCGGUACGGCGACUUGUGCUAGUAGUGGCUCCACCGGAGGAAGUUGUUAUACUUGUCUUUAUGCUUUGGUAAGGUACGUGGGUCCAUGCAAAAAAUUUACAACCGGCUCGGCUUACUACCCACAGGAGUGCUCCAUUCAAUUCCAGCAACUCUGAGGAGGAAGUAUGUACGUGUCUUUCACUUUAUUCCUCGGUCAAUUGCAACUUUCAGCUGUACUCUGAUUUCGCCUUCAAUUCAAUAAAACUCUUAUUCCGGGCUGCAUGUACUUGAAUUCGCUGUGAUAGCGCCCACCAUAGCAAUUUAUAGGGUUAAUAUUUUCGUAUGGCCUGAACUUUGACCAAAAUAAACAUUCUGGCCAAUCUUUUCGAUCUAUAACAUCCUGGCCCGAACUAUACACCAAAAUAAACAAUUUGGUCAGAU